UAUGUCUCUCUCUCAUUUAUCCUUUUCUUUCUGCCUUUUUUUUUUAAUUUUUCAUCAUCAUCAAGCCCCAAUCUUCAAUGCCCACCUCCUUCUCUCUCUAAAGCGCCAAUCUUUCUCUCUCUAAAGAUCCAAUCUUUUCUUCUUUCUCUCUCAUCCAUCACAGAGAAAAGCGCACCUCCAAAGAAAGAAGGAACCUUGAAGUUACCUUCCCCCAUCAAAAACAAAGAAGAGUCCACACAACACCCAACUCUUCCCCUCCGUGUUUCUCUCUCUAGAAACUCUCUCUCUCUCCAAUGGCCCAGCUGGACCAAAAUUUAUGUAGAAGAAAUCCAAAAAAGAAAGAAGGGGAAAGAAAGAAAAGAAAGAGGAGAUAGAUGUCUUCAAGUGUCCUCCAACCAAACCCACCUCACCUCACACAUAUCUCUCUCUCUCUCAUCAACUAACAUGUUGCCAGAAAUACCCUUCUGCAACCCCCCAAAAAAUCCCCAUCUUCAUCACUGUCGUUCAAAACAACAUUAUUUUUCACCGAGUUAUGUGGGCUCUUUUGGAGUUUUUGUUGUCUUGGUCAGAGUUUUCACAGAGAAAACAGGAAAGCAAGAAACUUCUCCUCCCUUCCCACCCCCUCUCUCUCCUUUUAUUUUCUUCCUUGUCUUUCUUGUUUCUCUCUCUCUCUACCUCUCCCCUUCUUUAUUAUUUCCUCCCCAACUCUCUCUUCCUUUUCCUUACCCAUCUCCUCCUGCCCCUCUUUCUAUCUCUUCUCCCUGUAAUUCUUGGUUUUUGGGUUCUGGGUUGCUUUACUUUUAUCUCCCUGUGAUCUGAUGAAGAAGAUGAAAGGGGUUGUUUCUGAUGCUAUGGAGGACCAGAGGACCAGGUUCAAGCACCAGAGUCUCAUGCAGGACUAUGAGGAGCUGCAGAAGGAUGCAGAUGCUACGAAGAAAAAAUUGCAGAUAAUGAAACAGAAAAAGUCUACGCUCGUAGCCGAAGUAAGGUUUUUGAGGAGAAGAUAUAAAUACUUAAUGGGGAACCCGUCAAUGAACCCUCGACCAAAGCAAGAUGUUGUGCAAACACACAACUUAGAAUCCCAGCGCGUCACCUAUUUGAAGGGAAAGAGUUCCAGUAAGAAGGAAUCUGCUUCGCGGUACCCUCUUCCUGCAUUAGACUUGAACAAAAAGGAAAAGGUUAAACAUGGAAUGGAAGACAUCGUGCGGAAACCUCCUCCAAAAUUUGGAUUAAACCUUAAUGCAAGGGCACUUGGCGGAAAGGAAGCUACUUUGCGAACCCCCACUCCAAACUUUGACUUAAAUCAGAAGGAAAGGGUUCAGAGUGGGAAGGAAUCGACAAAGCGAAAGAACACUCCAGUUUUUGACUUGAACCAGAUUUCGAGAGAGGAGGAGGAGGAAUUUCAAGCCAAUUAUGAGCCAAUGAGGAUAGAGGAGCCCAACAAAAGUUUACGCAGAGGGGGAAAUGAUGAGCAGCACAAUGACAUGAAGUUGCUGGCUUGCAGGACUAUAGGGAGCGGGUCAAACCGAUCGGGGAAGAGGAAGAUUACUUGGCAAGAUCAGGUGGCUUUACGGGUUUGAUUGUAUUUUUCUUAAGAGUAUUACCAUUGAAGAUCAUAUAUCUUGUCGGGGUUGGAAAGAGUAACACCUCAGUUACCUGUGUUUCUUGGAUUUUCUUCUUUGUAAAGUUACCAGUCUUACAUAUCGAAGUGUAUUCAGUUGAAAUGAAAUGGUUUAAAUCAUUCAGAUUUCGUUUGUGUUCA